GCUUUCCGGCGCCCAGAGACAACAAAAUUACAAAUAUGCAGGUUUGGUGGUUUUGUUUGAUUCAUGAUUUAUGGACGGUAAUAAUCACGGUAUUUUUAAAUUUUCUGCAUUAUCGAAAAUGAGGUAUUCUACAGUUUGCAUGCUGCAAAAAAAUGCUCUCGGGCUUUGCGAACCUGACGUAUAGCGCCGUUUCUUAUUAAUGCUGUUUGGUGUUCAAACCGGCAGCCGGAUAGUGCCUUGACUGAUUACGGACACUAAUGGUGAAUGUUCCAGCUCUCCAGGAUAAUUGCGGCACUUGUUGUUCCUUCGACCAUUCCUUUUAGCAGGAGAAUCGCACCGCGACUUACUCGUCCCAUGAUGACGACUAUCCAUGCUGGACACAAACGUUAUCUGAUAAACUUUGCUCAGGAGCACAUCCCGUUUCGUUUGCCCGAACUGCGGUCUCUGUGCAAGCUACUGGCUAUUCCGUUACAAGAAAGCGAACUUGUAAAUAACGAGGGUCCUUUUCUUAUCCUGACGCUCGAAAAUGACGAACAGGCGCGCCUUUUAACGCAGCGUUCCGUGCUCAUUCGUUCCACCUUUGAAUGCUGGAUACAAGCGAAAAGCUUCGCAAAUCUCCUUGAGACUAUUCCUCAUCUUCCAGCGCCUUUUACGGCACCGUAUUCCCUACCUGACAGUAGUUUCAGGAUACGCAUUCACAGCUAUGGAAAGAAAUUAGCCUGGGCAAAGAUUACCGAGCGAGUUGAGGAUUUGUCUGUCCUUCCUUUCCAAGGCAAAGUAGAUCUUGUCAACCCGGUUAACAGCUUUCACGUCCUGGAAGAUUAUGGAGGGGAUAACGUGCCGUAUCGGGAGUUUCCGGAACAAGUAUUUUUCGGUCGGUGGAUUGCGGGGGGAGGACGAGAGGCCGUGGAACGCUUCCGUUUGGACAAACGCUAUUUCAUCGGCACGACGAGUAUGGAUCCUCUUCUGGCCAUGGUUAUGGCCAAUCAGGCUCUGGUAAAAGAGGGAUCCUUAGUUUAUGAUCCCUUCAUCGGCACCGGCAGUCUCUUGAUAGCAGCAGCGCAUUUCGGUGGUUACACUAUGGGAUCGGAUAUCGAUCGGACACUGCUCUAUGGAAGAGGAAAGUCCACCCGAGCCAAAAAUACAUGGAGGAAUAGGGAUGAGAGUGUGCUUUCCAAUUUUAAGCAGUAUCAGUUGGAAAGCCAUUACAUCGACGUUCUGGUAUCGGAUGCCACUAAGAAUGUCCUACGCGAAGAUAUCAAGUUUGACGCCGUAAUAGCCGAUCCGCCGUAUGGGGUCCGAGAAGCUACCACGCGGACCAAGAAGAGCCGCGGCUCACCAGAAUGUCUUGGGAGUAAUGGCUACGAACGUGUGCAGUUGGGAAAGUGCGACCUGAACGAUCUUAUCGUUGUUCUUGUGGAUUUCGCUGCUAAACAUCUGAGAAUUGGAGGCAGACUGGUGUACUGGUUACCCGCAGUGAAAGAUGAGUACAACGAAAGUGCCGUUCCGCGCCACGAUUGCUUGGAAUUGGUUAGCAACAGUGAACAACCAUUGGCGGGAAUGACUAGUCGGCGAUUGAUCACUAUGGAAAAGAUCGAAGCCUGGAAUGCCGACCAGAAGGUAACUUUUGCCAAGGAUAUUUACACGAAUACUUUUCGCGAGCGAUAUUUCACGGCUACACGAAAUAUAAAUGGACGCCAAAGGCAUUCUGCUGAUAGAGAUGUUUCGAGCAUUGGACAACCAAUCGAGGGUGGUGACGUCAGUAUAUGCAGGAAAAGGGACUGUCUUCUCCAAAACCGGAUUCCACUGAUGGGACCUUGCGCGAAGCAUUGCCGGGUGACUUCAUGAUGCAAGCAGAAUCUGAACUGGAAAUUUCCGGCUUACCAUAGCCAACACGUACGGAUCCCCGAUGAUCAUCAAGAUAAAUCGCGCACGAGUUAGAGCCACGUUGAUACGUUUCGGACAAGCAACAAAUCCCAUCGCUGCUUUAACGGACAUCUCACUGUCGCCCGGAUCGCAAUGGCAUGAUCGUACGGUACUAAGGAUGAUAGCAUCUUUUUCCUGUCCCUGAAAUUCAUCGACCGUACCGAUCUUUGGAACCGGCAAGGACGCCUCGAUUAAAGAACGUCUGAUUUGUUCCACCUGUUGCAAUAAAUCGUUUUAUCACAACCUGCUAAUUAGGUUAAUAAGAGAUCGGUAAGAAUAUUUUCGUUUAAGCAGAUCAUAAUAAUCAUGUCUAUUAUUAUAAUCAUGUCUAUACAGUUCGAAAAUUUAAUACAAUUUUAAACCACCUUAACAAUUACCAUUUGGCAAUCAGUAAUAACUGUCAUGCGAAACUUA